CACCUCCUCCCCUGGUGCCACCUUCUCCUGUUGGCUUCAUCACCACAGCUCAGCAGCAUCAUCGCCUUCGCCUUCGCCUCCCUCCCUUCUCCCCGUCUCCAUUUCUUUUGUCUCUCUCUCGCUCUUCAAAUCCAGCUGCUGCCGUACGAACGCGCAUUGCCUCAGCAGUUCUUGGCUCCUCGCCUCGCCUCCGGUUCGCCUCCGGUUCGCCCCCAUCUCGGGGUUGGAGGUGAGCUUGGAGCUCCCUGUUCUUGGAGGAGCCGCUGGUUCAGCUGGUGGUGUUCUUCGAUGGGGAGGGGCAGCCAUGGCUGCUCCGUUCUUGGGUCGUCGCUGCUGCUGCUGUUCUGUCUGGGCUCCGCCGCCGCGCAGAAGGCCUCGACUUGGAAGACACUGAGCGGCAAUCCUCCAGCAAUCAUCGCCAAGGGCGGGUUUUCAGGCCUUUUUCCUGAUUCCAGUGAUUUUGCUUAUGGCUUUGUUGCGGCGGCCAGCUCUCCGGAUACAGCCCUGUGGUGUGAUGUUCAAUUAACCAAGGAUGGUGCAGGCAUCUGCCUUCCGGACAUACGAAUGGAUAAUUGCACAAACAUAGCUAAUGUUUAUCCAAAGGGGAAGAAGACUUACAGUGUCAAUGGUGUAUCUACGCCUGGGUGGUUUUCCGUGGACUAUGACAGCACUGGGUUGAGUAAAGUAAACUUGGUACAAUCCCUAUUCUCCCGUGUGCCUUACUAUGAUGGAACUUUACCCAUACUUCCUGUUGAAUCUGUAUUUGCUAAUUAUAAGGCCCCUGCUGUUUGGCUAAAUGUGCAGCAUGACAGUUUCUAUAGCCAGUUUAAUCUGAGUAUGAGAAGCUAUAUCCUGUCUGUUUCAAAACAAUAUAUUGCUGACUACAUCUCAUCACCUGAAGUGAACUUCCUUACCAGUUUAUCAGGAAGAGUUAACAAGAAGACAAAGCUUGUGUUUCGGCUUCUUAAUGAACUCGCUGUUGAGCCAUCUACAAACCAGACAUAUGGCUCAAUGUUGAAAAAUCUAACAUUCAUCAAGACUUUUGCAUCUGGAAUACUUGUCCCUAAGAACUAUAUCUGGCCUGUAACACAAGACAAUUAUCUGCAGCCCAGCACAUCGGUCGUUGGUGAUGCUCAUAAAGCAGGACUAGAAGUUUAUGCCGCUGAUUUUGCAAAUGACUUUUUGCUCAGCUACAACUACAGCUAUGAUCCAUUAACAGAAUAUCUUAACUUCAUUGAUAAUGGUGCCUUCUCUGUUGACGGUGUAUUGACUGAUUUCCCUAUUACCCCUUCAGAGGCCAUUGGUUGCUUUAGUAACCUCAACAACAGCAAGACAGACAAUGCGAAACCUCUCAUCAUCUCCCACAAUGGUGCUAGUGGUGACUACCCAGAUUGCACUGACCUAGCUUAUCAAAAGGCAGUUACUGAUGGUGCAGAUGUCAUCGACUGUCCCGUACAAGUAACCAAAGAUGGCAUACCUAUAUGCAUGAGUUCCAUUGACCUAAUGGAUGUCACUACUGUUUCAACGUCACAAUUUUCUUCUCAAACGACUGUCAUAAAAGAUAUCAAGAAUGGUGCUGGAGUCUAUUCCUUCAACCUCACAUGGGAUGAUAUUGCGAAGAACCUGAAGCCCAAGAUAUCAAACCCAAUGACCACAUUUGAUGUGUACAGAAAUCCUAGAAACAAGAAUGCAGGAAGUUUCAUGAGACUAUCGGACUUCUUGGCCUUUGCAAAAGGAAAGGAGUUGUCAGGAGUCAUGAUCAGUAUAGAGCAUGCUGCAUUCAUGGCAGAAAAACUUGGAUUUGGUGUAGUAGAUGCGGUGAUCAAAGCCCUUGAUGACUCCGGCUAUAGCAAACAGACUGCCCAGAAAGUCAUGAUUCAGUCAACCAACAGCUCAGUACUAGUGAAGUUCAAGGAGCAAACCAAGUACAACCUUGUUUACAUGCUUGAGGAGGAUGUCAGAGAUGCUGCACCUUCCUCCCUUGCAGAUAUCAAGAAGUUUGCUAAUGCUGUUUCAGUCCGCACAACGUCCAUUUACCCGGAGAGCAAACAUUAUUUGAUAAACCAGACCAGUCAUAUCGUCCAGACCCUGCAGUCCGCUGGCCUUCCCGUUUAUGUUUACGUGCUCAUGAACGAGUUUGUUUCGCAACCGAAUGACUUCUUCGCAGACGCCACAACACAGAUCAACACAUACGUGCAGAAGAAAGGUGCUGGAGUGGAUGGGAUCAUCACAGAUUUCCCUGCGACGGUGCACAGAUACAGACUGAGCCCCUGCACGAGCAAGGAAAGCAACUUGCCGACCUUCAUGCUGCCUGUCCAGCCCGGUGGCCUCAGCGGGACCAUCAUCGAUCCAGCUGCACAGCCACCAGCAAUGGCGCCAAUGCCUCUCUUGACGGACUCCGACGUCGCGGAAUCACCCCUACCGCCGGUCAAGAACGUCACAGCUCCAGCGCUGGUGUUCGAUUUCCAGCCACGGGACCCGGAGGACGCGCUCGCCGCCUUCGCCGUGCUCUCGCGGAGCGAAAUCCCCGGAGUGGUCCGGAGGAGGACGCUGCGGAGGGUCCCGGACACGAGGUGCUGGCUCGUCGGCCACCACCGCAGCGGCGGCGGCGCCGGCGCCGCCGCGGCGGUGCUCGCCGCCGACGCGUUCACCGCGCGGUGGCCGACCGACCUGGUCGUCGGGCGGCACGACUGCCGAGACUUCACCAACGGGCUCGUGGAAGAACUGACAGGUGAGAAACGUGUCUUGGACGCCCUCAGAUCGUCAGCUGCCAAUGGUGAUUGGUGAGAGUGAUCAAUCAGUCUAGAGCUGUGAAAUGUGAACUGCUCGGAUGGAGAUUGAAGCAAAAUUGGUGAUACUUAUCGGUAUAAUCGGGUGAAGUUUUUUUACUGAAGCGUGUAGGUUCAGUUUGUUACUACUAGUUUCUUUUCCAUGCCCGACAACAAUUUUACCAUGUGUAAUCAUUUACUGGCAAAGUGGAGAGAAAAAUGAUGACACCCACAGAAGUAUGUGUAGAGUGGUGACCAUGUAGAACGGUUUAGCAUACAAAUUUAUCCUGAAUCUCGUUUACCAAACGAGUUGUCGAUUUCAACCGAGAGGCGAACCUCCGCCUUUCUCCUCCAUCAAAAGUGCCAAGUGUUUCUCCAUUA